AUGGCGGCCGAGUCUUUGUCGGCCCGUCAGGACUUCUUGACCGAGCCCUGCGUCGCCUUGGUCGACGGCCCGUCCAGCCGCUCCUUGCCGCCGCCGCCGCCGCCGCCGCCGCCCUUGCUCUCCGUCGGCUUCUUCUCCACCGGCACGAGGUUCGGUGGGUGCCACGGGCCCCCUGUGCACUCGACAUAUUUUUCAAUGGCAAAGUUGGAUGAAGCACCGGUUGCUGUGUCGAGUAAGUCGCCAAACGUCUGGGCCGUGACCUCCGACCGACCCUCCCGCACCUACCUGCUUUCUUGGCUGGGCUCGUCAUCGCCACGGAUGAUGUCUUCUUUGCUGUGCGCGUCUGUCCGUCUUCUUCCUCUGCCGGUUGCUGUUUUGCUCCGUCUGCGUUCAAAGUCGACGCGUCCACGAGCGGCGACGGCCGGCUGGCCGGCUUUUGUACUCGUCUCCGUGCGUCGUCAAAGACAUCGUCGUCGUCGAAUGCAAGCCUCUCCGGCCAUCAGUUGCCUCACUUUGCCGUCACACUCGACACCUCUCGUCGGCGACGGCUUCCUGCAUGGACGACGCCAGGUUGAGCAAGUUUCUAGCGAGACCAUUCGCAUCUCUACCACGACGCCCGCCUCGGUUGGGCAUGCCCCAUACCGCGUCCCGGGCCAAGGCUACGCCGUGUCGUCCCCUUGGCCACCCACCGAUUCGUGCUCGAAAGCGUCGAGGACGCCGGAAGCAUGGCCAAGCCGGCACCAACGUUGGAAGGUCUACACGUCGACUUGGUCAUCGCACGUGCUGUCUCGUCUCGUCCAAGUGCGGACCAAGCGCCAUCUCGUGCCUGCAUCGUCGGGGUCACUGGUGGCGGACGGCGAGCCGACGACAAGAUGA